UUUGACGUGGGUGAACAAAAUAUACCCACAUCGGUCGUUUUAAUCCAAUAGCCUGCAAUUAAACCCCCAAAUCCACAUAAAACCCUUACUUAUUGUCUUCCUCGCUUAAACCCUGAUAAAACACCGUCGAAAAAAAGAAAAUCCUGAAAACUUAGUAUUUUUCUGAUGGCGGUUGAAGAAAUCAGAAGUCGACCAGCUUUAGUUCACCCUCCUAGAACCCUAAAUGUACAAAAAUUUGUGGAAUCCCGAGCUUCUGAGUUGGAAUCACUGCAUUCAGUAGCUUCAAAUCGAUUAGACAACGAUUUUAAAUCUCAGCGGAACAAGAGAAGAAGAACUAGAAGUCAUGAUAAUCGUCUAACGAAGAAAAAAUCUAGAAAAAGGAAAAAAAUAGGGUUAAUUGAUAAAGUUGAACCGGCAGAAGAAAAUGGGAACAAGAAGGUUCCUCGUCGAAUUCGUCGGAGACUUCAAUUAUCAAGUAAUCCAGAGAGAGGUUUCUGUGCUUCAGGAGAUGGGACGAAGAGGCUUAGAACACAUCUUUGGCAUGCAAAACGGUUUCGCAUGUCAAAACACUGGGGAUUUCAUCUUCCUGAAGGAUUGCAUGGCAGUGGAAGAGGUUCAAGGGCUCUUUUGAAAUGGUUUAAGCGUGGUACAGUUGUACAUGAUGCGAGCUACCAUCGUCCUGUCCAAUUGGAGGGUCCAGAGGAUUCAUUAAUGUCAAUUUUAAGAAUGGUUUUGGUCCCAACCCCUUCAGAAUCCACUUCUGUACUUUCAGGAGUUUGUUAUGGAAGUUCUAUGCUAUAUCACGUUGGAGCACCAAUCGCGCCAGUAACAUACAUGUGGCGACCUGUCACUAGGAAAAAUACUGAGAGUGAAUCUUUGAAGGUCUCUAGUCGAGCUGAAUUUGAAUUCACAUCAAACUCUGCGCGCGGUUCUCCAUUUCGUCAACUGUGGGUGUGGAUACAUGCUGCUGCUUUCGCUGAAGGAUAUGAUGCUCUUACAGAUGCAACUCAAAAACAGAAUAGUAAAGAGAUGGGUAUCUGUGUCAACUGCUUCCCGCUUGACGGCCACCUUUCGAAGCUGGAAAUUAUGGGUUCUAAGGCAAUUCAAGUUCUUCAAAAGAUACUACAUCCUGUUUCUGAGUCUUUGGACACGUCUUUCCAUUUGACAAAAUGUAUAGAUACCGAUAGUAACACUGGAAGCCAGAUUUCAAAAUCUUACAUCCUUGAACAUGCUGAGCACCUUCCUUCUGGUGCAAUUCUAUCUAUGACAGUGAAAGACCCUCGUGACUUGCCCAAAAAGGGUAUUGAAGGUGUCAUGGAUGCGCAUUCUGGAAAGAUUGACGCACAAGAAAAUUGUCUCGAUGGAUGUGCUACCUUGGGUAGGUCACUGGACAAGAAUCAAGAAAUCAUAUCAUCACUGUGGUCCGAAGCUGAAGCAAAUAGUGUUUUACUAUCUGACUAUGAGGACAUGUGGCGCAGUCGGAAUUCUUCAAGUCUUCCGCUGGAAGAGAAUCUUCUGUGCAUGGAGAAACAUGAAAGACGCAUGGCUUAUUUUAAUAUGAACGGCACAAGUUCAAGGGUAUCAAGUUCUGAAUGUAUGCCACAGUCAUCUAGAUCUUGCCCUGUUUUGCUUUUGAAGGACAAUGACCAACGGAGCUCUUAUGCAAGGUGGUGUAUCAUUCUUCCAUUAAGUUGGGUCAAGGCCUUCUGGCUUCCUCUCGUCUCCAGUGGAGCUCGCGCUAUUGGCUUUAGAGAGAAGCACCAGAUUGCAUGUGAUGUUGGGUUGCCUUCUUUUCCAUUUGGUUUUCCUGAUUCCAAGGCAUACUCAUCCUUCAAGGCUGAAGAAGCUGCUGUCUCUGACAAAAAAUUGGAACUCCGUCCUCCAGCUAUGAGGCCUCCAAGGGUGCCCAUACCACCUCCAUGGAGUAUCAUCAAGUUUUCUGUCGAAGGCUCCAUUAUUAGUGAGGGAGGUAUUCAAGCUUCCUGUAAGAAAUCUUCUAGUACAGAGAUAAACCUUGGCAAGUCAUGUGCAGACUUAGGCAACAAUAUUCAUUCAUCAUUACAAGAACAAGACGAGUCUUUUUUUGAAGGAUCUAUCGCAAGGACAUCCGAUAUGUUACGCAGUUACAUGAAUGAAAUCCAUGGAGAUCAUUUACUUUUAUUCCCUGAUGCAGAAAUGAGGUUGAAGGCUUUCUCUGAGAUGCUGAAUAGUGAAGGCAAUGUCAUACAGACGCCACAACUGGCUAAUCCAAGACCUGCUAAUUGGAAACCGUGUUUCCUUAGGGUCCAUAUACGUGCCUACAAAGAAGGUGUUUUCGAGGAUGGAGCUGUUGUUUGUGUACCCCGCCUUAGUGAUUUUUCACUGUGGAUAUCCAGAUCAGACGAUCAAGAGGAACGACUUCAAAUUCCAGAGUCAUAUAUAAUAAAGUCAUGUUAUGUUCAAAGACCUUAUGGUAAAUCGGAACUUAAAACACCAGAACAUUCCGCAGAGAGGGACUCUUUUAGGUGUCCGAUUGGCUUUGUAACUGCUGGAUUUGUUCUAGGAAGUGUGAAACCAGUAGCUGAAGCAUUCUGUGAGUCAUAUUUGCUUGCUGAGCUGAGAAGGGAGCAGUGGGAGAGCAUGCAGGAAAAGCAGAAGAAAGAGCAGGAGAUAUUCGUGUUGGUUAGGAAUCCGAGAUCUGUAUCCUAUAGACUUGCCUUGGCCACUAUCAUUCUUGAACAGAAAGCAGAAGACGUCGAGUUCAUGUGAAUUUGCUCUUUUUAUAUAUAUGGUAUUGGAUAAGUGAUUGUAAUUCUAUUCUGUGUAUCAUGGGUUGAGAAAAGAAAAAACGAAAGUUGAAAAUUAUGUCCGUUUUGGUACAAAUGUAAUUGAUUAGGGUCUGAAUUUCUUUAGGUAACUAAUUGGAUCUGAGUAUUUUUCUUUUUAAAAUUUUGCAUCUAUUUGGAUAA